CUUCUGUCUGUUGUGACCUUUGACACACCGGAAAAUAAAGCUUGCUCUUCCGGAAGUCACUGAAGCGCUGGAGUUACUCUGAAAAUGACACGAACUACAAGCUUAUUGCAUUAAAUUUGUAUGGGGGGUUGUUGACAAACCGAAUGAGUGGUUUAAGUUCCAGCAAGAACCAGGUGGAUAUUGGUUGGCUUUAUUAAGAAGAUAUUGUUUCUCCUGCUGAACACACCAGCGUGUGUGUGUCUGCUCCCCCUGUGACUGUAAACUAACGGGACAGGUUCGCGCAAUGGAUCAGAACAACAGCAUACCAGCCUUUCAGGGACUGGCCUCCCCUCAGGGUGCCAUGACACCAGGUAUGCCGAUGUUCAGUCCCAUGAUGCCAUACGGUUCAGGCCUGACACCUCAACCUGUGCAGAACACAAAUAGCUUAUCUAUACUGGAGGAACACCAGAGACAGCAGCAACAGGCGGCUCAACAAGCACAGCAGGCCAGUGCAGGUAACUUUAAUCCCUUCCAGCUUCUGAACACAGUAGUUUUCAUUUCUGAUUUUGCUGAAGUAUUCACCCCCCCAUCCCCAUCCGCAGGUCUUCCGGGAACAUCGGGGCAGACUCCUCAGCUCUUCCAUUCCCAAGCAGUCACAGGUUCCACCACCACUGCACUGCCAGGGAAUACCCCGCUAUACAAUACUCCACUCACCCCCAUGACCCCCAUCACACCAGCCACACCAGCCUCAGAGAGCUCUGGAAUAGUGCCACAGCUACAAAACAUUGUGUCGACAGUCAAUCUAGGCUGUAAACUGGACUUGAAGACCAUCGCACUGAGAGCUAGGAAUGCCGAGUACAACCCAAAGCGUUUUGCCGCAGUCAUCAUGAGAAUACGAGAACCCCGAACCACUGCUCUUAUUUUCAGCUCUGGGAAGAUGGUCUGCACGGGAGCGAAGAGUGAAGAGCAGUCAAGGUUAGCGGCCAGGAAAUACGCUCGUGUCGUGCAAAAGCUGGGUUUUCCUGCCAAGUUUUUGGACUUCAAGAUUCAGAAUAUGGUGGGCAGCUGCGACGUCAAGUUCCCCAUUCGUCUGGAGGGUUUAGUACUCACACAUCAACAGUUUAGCAGCUAUGAACCGGAGCUGUUUCCAGGAUUGAUUUAUAGAAUGAUCAAACCCAGAAUCGUCUUGCUCAUCUUUGUUUCCGGGAAGGUCGUACUAACAGGUGCAAAGGUGAAAGCAGAAAUCUAUGAAGCGUUUGAAAACAUCUACCCUAUCCUGAAAGGUUUCCGCAAGACCACGUAGAAGUAACUCCCCCUUCCCCAAAUGUGACCCUCAUUUGUGUUUUUUUCUAAGUUUCCCUUUAUAGGUUAACUGCUGUAUUAGCAGUUUUAUUUUUUCUGAUCAUCAACAUGGCUAUGUUUUUAGUAUAGGUGUUCCCACUUAUCUCCAAGUGUUUAUUCAUGCUCUUGUAAAUACGUUUGAAUGGAAAAGCCGUUUGACAGUUCUUAUGGCUUUUUUUUAAGCAAUGGUCAAAGUUUGAUAUUCUAUUUUUGUUGAUUUCUGCUCAAUUUGUUUCGUCCUUUUACUGUUAGGCUCUCAACUCAACUGGCUGAUUGAUUCAUAUGAAGUUUUCAACGCUUUGUGUAAUUGAGUUGUAUCGAGUGCCACACUAUCAUGAUAAAUGAUUUUAGCAGGCAAACAUUCACAGGUUAAAUUUGUAAUGGCCAAACCUUUUUAACUGAAUGUAAAGGUGAUUACUCACAUGACCCCUUUCUGCACCCUCUCCAUUUUUGUUUUUGUCCAUUUUAUGAAGAGUUGAUGGCCACUCUUGUGUCUGCACUUGACCAGAACAUGUCCUUCACAUUAUUUUAAAUACCAGAAAUUGCUCUUAACGUUGUUACCAAAAGCAGCUGAAUGUUUUGAUAUCCAAAAUUUUAUUUGUUCAUGUUCUGCACUAUGCGUCAAUAAAUCUGUACA